AUGUGUCGUUUCAGCAGCAGCAGCAGCAGCAGCAGCCGUAGCCGUCGCGCAGUAGUCAAACAGCAUGGUGAUAGCGAAAAGCUAGUGCAGCAUUGCACUUUUCAGUCCGUCCGACGCAACAGUGAAGUACAGAGCUUUCUCUGUCUGCAGGUACUGUCAUUGCUGUGGUUAUCGUGUGGUGAGUCUGCGAACGGGCCUCUGCAGUCGUCAGUAAGCCUUCGCUGUGACAUGGAACAUUGCUUGCAGGCUGCACGCUCAACGCUGAUCCUUUAUCCACUCUUUCUGCUGUUUCUGACUUACUGUUUCGGGCUUCCGUCACGAGGAAGCAGGCAUUUACAAAGUUACACGAACAAUUCUUACCACACACCCAACUGGGAACAGGCAGCAACAACAACUGCAGCAAUAACAGCAGCAGCAGCAGCAGCAGCAGAAACAGAAGUAGCAACAACAGCAGCAGCAGCAGCAGCACAAAAUUCAACUAUUUGGAAACUCAUCAACCAGUCUCGUUCCCGUGGACAGCUGCAAACAACUCCUCCAUUAUUAAAUAUAGGAGAACAAUUAAAUUCUUCUUUACCAAAAAAGCAAAACGGUUUCAAGUGGAAUUAUCGGAAGUCUUUCAAGGAUUUAUACACCGCACUUGUACUUAAUGACCAGGCUCACGGCAGAAAAGGUUCUAUUGUAAUAUUUACAGAUAUUGAGAGCAGAAGUUGCAAGAAACCCCAGAAGAACGUCUGCCUUUAUUUCAAUAUCCGCAAGAAUAUAGCCAACCUGACAUUUUCCCGGGCUGUAUUGUGGCUGCCACGAUACGAUAAAAAAUUAAGCAUUCGCCAACUUCACGGGCGGCAAAGUAGAAAGUUACGGCCAUUAUUCCCCCGGAGAAAAAACUGGUUACGAUUUGAUAUCUUAUCGUUUGUCAAUGAUUGGCUAACCCAAGGACGACAAACACAGGGGAUUGAAGUCUUAUUCCGACCAGAUCAGAAUAGCAUCUUACAGCUACAUAAAGAUGGACAGGAUCCUUUUAUUGUUUUAAAUAUUCGCUCUCGGCAAAAGAGGCGAAUCAAUAAACGGCCACCCCGCAAAUGCUCCGACAACGAAGACAGUUGCUGUCUGGCUAAUUUGACUGUCAAUUUUGCCGACAUUGGAUACAAUGAAUUCAUCUUGAAUCCGAGUUACAUACGAGUCAACUAUUGCAAAGGCGACUGCGAUCUGACCCAAGGCUUCGAGGAUGGUUUGAACAAUGUUUCAAUUCGACAAAGUCUUAUCCGGCAUAGCACCAAUGUUACUCUUAAUAAACUUAUUGCUCCAUGUUGUGUUCCAAUCCGUUACGAUGCCCACAACAUCCAAUACACAAUUGAUGGUGAAAUCUACAAGGGAACGAUUCGGGAGAUGUCGAUAGCUGAAUGUGGAUGUCGCUAG